AUGGCUCUCAGCAAGAAAUCCAUCUCUCCAGUGGGUCCUGAAAGCCUCUUUCUCCACAGGGUCGUGUGCCUCAGCUGUGGGGCCCAGGUCUCCCGCGAGCAUCUCCAGGAACAUUUUGAGGCCUUGAACCCCACGUGGACUGCUGAGUCUCAUGGUGUGGCUCCUGAUGGAGAUGUCUUUCUGCCAGAAGAGCAGGUCCGCCAUUUCCAUGUCCCAUCAUGCAGCAAAUGUGGUGGGGUCCUCAAGCCAGAUGUGGUUUUCUUUGGGGACAACGUGUGCAAGGAGAAAGUGGACUUUGUGUACCAGCGCCUUGAGGAGUCCGAUGCGAUCCUCGUGGCCGGUUCUUCCUUGCAGGUCUUCUCAGCUUACAAAUUUGCCCUGGCAGCCCGGGACAGGAAGCUGCCGAUUGCCAUUGUUAACAUUGGCCCCACGCGGGCCGAUUCCUUGGCUUCUCUAAAGCUGAAUUCCCGCUGUGGGGCCUUGCUGCCUUCUAUUCUCCUUUGAGUGACCUGGUGGGCAUCCAGACAAGUCAAGAUUCAAGGGUAACGACGGGGAAACUGUUGGAGUGGGCUGGUUUGAGGUCCAGGGGGCUAGGUUAAAUACUACAAAGAUAGCCAGAAGGACUGAGUAAUCCAUGGCCUAGAAAUAACUUUGUAGAACAUAGAAUUAUAGGACUGGAAGGAACCUUAGAGCAGGGGUCUCCAACCUCAAUAACUUUAAGCCUGGAGGUCUUCAACUCCCAGAAUUCCCCAGCUAGCUUUGCUCCCAACCAACCAGCAGCCUGUGAAAUCAAGGUAGUAAUUCAAGCAGGAUUGUGCCAAGGGGAACACGAAAAAUCUAGAUCUUGUCUUAUCUUACUUUGGCUACUAAGCCAGCAGACCAUGUAGACUCUCAGCUCCACAGUUCAAUGGCAUUUUGCCUUUUUAGGACUGAAAAUAUUAUAUACUCAAGUGGGCCCGUUAGCCCCCUCAAACCAACCCCUCAAAGAGUCUUCUGCAGCCUCAGAUGUCCACAACAUUGAACUAUGCCUCUCCUGCGAAUCAGCUCCACUGUUGUUGUUUUUUUUGAGGGGGAGGGGGCAGACCAAAUAAAGGCACCUGUUUCAGA